UCGAUUGAAGAGGCUACAACGUGACUCUCCUGAAAUGGAUUUUUUCAGCUCUACAAGAGAUCCACACUCAUUUGCGAUACCAGAAUUGGCACGUGUAAUCGACACCAAUUUAGAAUUGAUAGUGAAUUUCGAUCGAAGAAUUCUUGAAGGAACAGCGACUUUGACUAUAACAAGGCGACCUUUAAUUAAUCAGAUAAUUUUAGAUAGCCUCGGACUUAAAAUAAUUCAUGUCACAAACGCGUUUGAUGGAACACGUUUACAUCAUCAUGUACAAUUUAAUCUUGCUUUUGGAAGUUCAUUGUGCGUAAAUUUACCACUAACUAGUGAUACUACUGGUUGUAUAAUUAAAAUUAAAUAUGAAACAACUCCACACUCGCCUGCAUUAUAUUGGCUAACACCUGCGCAAACUGCCUAUGGUAGACAUCCCUUUCUACUGUCUAAGAACAAGCUAAUAUACGCUAGAACAUGGUUUCCUUGCCAGGACACCCCGGCCGUCAAAUUUACGUACUCUGCUAAGAUUUCGGUAGAAAAAUGUUAUAGAGUUCUAAUGUCCGCCCUUUCGCACCGUAUAGAAAGAGGUAUGGAACGAGAUGCAUAUAUAUUCCGUCAAGAGCAACCGGUACCAUCUUAUGCGGUGGUUAUUGCUGUGGGUUCAUUAUGGAUAAGAAAACUUAACGAAAGAACAAGUAUAUUUGCCGAAAAUUACAUUUUUCAUUCUACUUAUAACGAUAAUUUUUACACUGACACUGUGAUUGAAGAGAUGUUGCGGUAUGCCGAACUUUAUUUAUGUGGACCUUAUCACUGGGGUAGAUACGAUAUAUGCCUGCUUCCACCGAGUAUCGCCGAUUUCGAAAUAGAAUGUCCAUGCGUGACAUUUAUUUCACCGUUUCUAAUUAGCGGAGAUCGUUCUUAUGUCUGUAAUUUGCUAGCUCGGAACAUCUCACAGAGCUGGGCAGGAAAUUUAGUUACGUGUGAGAAUUAUCAGCAUUUGUGGUUAAAUAAGAGUUUUAGCCUUUUUAUUUCCAGAAAAAUUAAACGCCACUUUUUGUAUCAUGAAAGGAUAGAUGUUUAUCUUCAAAAAGAAGGAUUACAAAACAUGAAUAGUUUGUUUCAAAAACCCAAAAAUGUCUGGGAUACCCAAAAGUAUCUAAGAUGCUUAUUACCCAAUUUGGAAUAUUCGUCACCUGACACAGCCACUAAAUAUGUGCCUUACGAGAGGGGAUAUUUUCUCUUAUGUCAUCUAGAGAAUAUAUUAGGAGGACCCACAUUAUUCGAACCGUUUCUUCAAUCUUAUUUUAGUGUUUUUGCGUGUAGAAGUAUUAAUACUGCUGUUUUUAAAACAUACUUGUAUCAACAAUUUCCUGACAGAGUGGCGCUAUUAGAUGGUGUUGACUGGGACUCGUGGUUCAGUAAUAUUUCUUCUAUACCUAUCAUGCCGGAAUUAUCGGGAACGUCCGCGUGGGAAGAAAGCUGUUUCAAAUUAGUUGAAAGCUGGAUGAAUUGGGAUAGUAAUAAUGAAAUUCCUGAGACAACAGAUGAGAACAACCUAUGUGACGUUCAAAAAAUAAUAUUAUUAAAAUAUCUAUAUUCUUUUCAUAAAAGUCUGACCAUAAUAAAACUGAACUCUUUAAACAAUCGCUUCUUUAUCCAAAAUGAAGAAAUAAAGUUUCUUUGGAUCCUAUUGUGCAUUAAAGUUCGAUGGACUGACAAACUUCAACUAGCUUUGGACUUUGCUACUGAAAAUUGUUCGCCAAAUUACGCAUGUCCUAUAUUUCAACAUUUGUACGAAUGGGAAGAAAAGCAUCCAAUAAUGAUUGAAGAGUAUAAUAGAAAACAGGAAAAGAUGUGGUAUAAAACCCAAAAAAAAAUAUACAAAAUUAUAUACCCAAAUAUAUAUUUGUAACAAUUUGUCUGAUUUUGUUUUUAAUGGAGCCAACGAUAGGAAAUAACUGGAUUUGGACUUGGAACGAUGAUGGUUGAUGACAAUUCCUAUUGAAUCGUCGAAUGAUAUUAAAAUUUGUAAAAGUAAAUAUAUCUCUUAGAUACAGAGUAUCAUGUAAUUAAUGUAUGCACUGAGAGAAAAAUCCAGGUCUAAAUAAUCGGACAAUUCGUUCGAAAAUUAACAAACGGACAAUCCGACACUUUCAAUCGGAAUAAUUAAAAAGUCAAUCAAUUAUCAAUAAUAUCCUGCUAUCAUUGAUUGGACAUUAUUCUAAUCUUGAUCGGUUUUUUAUAAUUCCAAUUAAAAGUAUCGGAUUAUCCAGUUAUCCAGUCCAAUUUUUGA